CUCUUUUUUUUUAUCUGUUCCCUGCUUGUUUCUGUAUCAUGAUAAUGAAAGCGCUACCUGCAAACAUAACCUCCAGCGUCUGAUACACAUCUCCACUCCGAUAAAGGCCGGUUCGAAGGGGGGAUGCCCUUCCCCCCUCCCUCCUCCCCGCCUCAGCAGGUGAUAUGCUCGGCGUGAGAAAGAAGAAAACACCACCACCCCUCCUCCUCCUCCUCCUCCUCCUCCUCCAGUCCAGUCCAGUCCAGUCCUCCUUGCCGGGAAUCACUGCCGUUGUGUUAGCUAUUACUCGGAGAGAGGAGCUGUUUGAACGCUGGGACGGAGAGGGGAGCUAGAGACUUCUUCUUCUUCUUCUCCCAGCUCCAGCUGCCAUCCUACUCCUGCUCCUCCCCCUCCUCCUCCUCCUCCUCCUCCUCCACCAGAACCACUUCUCUUUCUCAUCACAUCCAGAGCUGCUAAAAUGGACAUUUAAAACUCCCAAGAACAGGCUGACGUUUGAGCAUUUUGGAGAUGUGAGGAAUAGGAAGAGAUUGGAUGAUAUUAAGCAGCCUGUGCAUUGACACGACCUCUUGACCUCAUCUUCAGCAUGAAUGGUGAUAUGCCUCAUGUUCCCAUCACUACUCUUGCUGGAAUUGCUAGCCUGACAGACUUGUUGAACCAGCUGCCCUUGCCUUCUCCUCUGCCUGCCACCACCGCUAAGAGUCUGCUCUACAAUGGAAGGAUCUCCGAAGAGGUCAGUAGCCUGCUGGUGUGUCGGGAUGAGAAUCUGGUGACUCAGCUGGCACAAAGCCUUAACCAGGUCUCCACUGAACACAUAGAGUUGAAGGACAACUUGGGGAACGAUGAACCCGAGGGUGACAUGCCAAUGCUUCUACAAACUCUGCUGUCCAGGGACCCCAAAAUCUUCAGGGACAAAAGUGUAAUGCAACAGCCAAUGAUGCAACAGUAUAAGAUAUCUCAGAAUCAGGUUCAUGGGAGUCCAGGAUCAAACUAUCAGCAAACCACUGUCCCUCAAAGCCCCUCUGGAUGCUUUACAUCCCCGCAGUCUGGAUCGGGUACUCGGUUCGUACCCCAGCAGAACAGCCCCAUACCUAGUCCCUAUACCCCGCAGAGUCCCGCAGACUACAUUCAGUACAAUCCACCCAGUUAUUCUCAACACCAACAGACUCAGCAAGUUGCUGGUGGUGUGAGGAAUAUCCAUGACAACAAGGUCUCUGGACAGCUAUCAAAUGCGAGACUAGGCUCAGAAGAAGGCUACAUGAGCAUAGCUCACAGACUGGGAAAUGAGGAGAAUGAUCCCUCCAUGAGGGCUGCCACGUUUCCAGUUAAAUCAACACAGUCUGUGUGUUCCCCUGCUGGGAGUGAAGAGACGGCAAAAACAUCCAGGCCACCCCUCAUCAUGCAGUCACCUCCACUUGAUGCUAGUGCCCCUGACCUGCUCCUCACCUCUGCCGAUUGCAAAAGGAAGGAGAAAGAAAGGAGUAAAGAAGGAAACGAAGAGAUCGACAAAAAUGCUUUGUAUGGCAUUGUUAGCUCUCCAUCAAAAGACUCUGCCAGGCUGACUUUGAAACUGUCCCGUGUUAAGAGUUCAGACACGGAUGAACCUGGAGACCUUUCUCCUCGGCCACAUAUCCAUUCAGACCAUGAUUUGAUGAAUAAUAAUCAGUUGUCAAGGACUACCCAGGACUUGUCACAAAGGUUAUUUGCUGAGGAGCAGGCAAACUGUCAGCAGGUUCAUGCUCGACCAAAUACCAAGGGCUCUGGAGUCAUCAGCGGGGCUGUGUUUGAUGAUGGGGAGAUAGACACACUUGCAGAGAUCGAGAGAAUAGAACGCGAGUCAGCCAGUGAGAGAGAACGGUGGUCUAAAGAAGUCCAGGAUAAAGAUAAGCCACUGAAGAAACGGAAGCAAGACUCGUAUCCUCAGGAAUCUGGAGCAGAGUCCAGUGACGGGCCUACUGUACAAGGGGGCAACAUUGACAACAAGUUGACACCCAAGAAGACAAAUGCUGCAAGUAAUGGUGCCAGCCGGCCUGCUUUGAUGGUCAGUAUUGAUCUGCAGCAGGCUGGCAGAGUGAUAGGACAGCCUGUAGUGGUCUUGGAAACAAAGCAGUUGUGCGAGGACCACCUAAAGAGCAUAAAGACAAAGACUGAUGGAAAAAUAGAUAAAGUUGAAAACAGACCUGGGAUCAUCAAACAACAUGCUGACAACCCCAGGAAGUCUGGCUCAGAUGGGCAACCAGAAACCCCUAAGCAGAAGCAGGAAAGGCGGCGCGAAUCCAAACACAGACAUGAUGGCAAAACUGAGAGUGGCAAGGGACACUCGGAUGACAGAUGUCCAGACACACCACGGCAGAAACACGACAAGCAUUCAGAGUCGCGCCACAAAGAGGAAAAGAACCACAACAUUCACCGGCCCCAUAUCAGCCAACCUAAGACUCUAAAGACCACGAGUAAGGCGGAGGGUGACUCCAGACAUGGAGAAGACAAAAUCAGGGAUAAAAAUAAGGACAGAGACAAAGACAGAGAAAGAAAUAGAGAUAAAAAUAAAGACAAAGACAGAGAUAGAGACAAAGAAAGAGAUAAAGACAAAGAAAGAGAUAAAGAUAAAGACAAAGAAAGAGAUAGAGAUAAAGAUAAAGACAGAGACAAAGAAAGAGAUAAAGACAGAGACAAAGAAAGAGAUAAAGAUAAAGACAGAGACAAAGAAAGAGAUAGAGAUAGAGAUAAAGACAGAGGUAAAGACAAAGACAGAGAUAGAGAUAGAAAUAGGGACAGGGAAAGGGAAAAGAAACACAAGAUGUCAAGGGAAAACUGCAACAGAAACUCUCCUGACCAGCCUACUAAACCCGACAGCCCCAGAGUGAAGCAAGACGGAAGCAGAAAAUCCACUGACCCGAAUGGUCGUCAGAGGACAGAGAAUUCCAGCUUUCCAAACGCCCAUAAUAAAGAAGAUCGGAGAAGCGGGGAUGGCAGCAUUAGCUGCCAAGCUAAAAACAAACAGCAGUCUGUUGAGCCAAAACCUAGCGAGUUCCCCUCAUACCUGCUGGGUGGCAAGUCAGGAAGUCUGAAGAACUUUGUGAUUCCUAAAUUGAAGCGGGACGUGAAAGAGAAAGAGCCCCCGGUCGUAAACAAACUGAAAGAGAACUGGAGUGAACCCCUUGUCAUGCUGGAGAGAGUGUCAUUGGUAGAGAACUUAAACAAAGGAGCUAAGCCUGUUGUUGUGGUUCAGAAACUCAGUAUCGAUGAGGUAAAAAAGAUCAUGAAGGAAAGCAGGAAUGCACACAGCUCCAAAUCCAGGAAAUGGUCCUCCUUUGACAAAUCAGAGAGAGAGAUGUCACUUGGUGAAGGGAAGAAGCGAAAGCACAGUAUGAUCAGUAAGAAAUCCAAGUAUGCUGAGGUGGAUUCAGAUGAAGACGAUGACUCUGACGAGUCUCCAAGGAAAAAGUCCAAGAAAGAUCACGACAAGACAUGGAAGCACGAAGAGAGGAGGGUUUCUGGAGAGCACCGGCGAAGUGGAGGUCCUCACAAUCCUCGCCGGGGGAACUCUGAUGACUCAAAUGAAGGCUCUCCACCACCAAGCCUAAGUGAUGUUGCCAGAAAAUUGAAGAAAAAGGAGAAACAGAAAAAAAGGAAGGCGUACGAUUCCAAGCUGUCAUCAGAGGAUAUGAUGGAGUCCUCCACAUUCAAGAGAUUCACCGCCAGUUUGGACAACAUUAUUGAGAGCCUUGAGGACGUGGACCUCACUGCUGCAGAUGAUGAUGAGAUACCUGAAGAGCUCUUGCUUGGAAAGCACCAGUUGAGCGAGCUAGGUAGUGAUUCUGCUAAGAUUAAAGCUAUGGGCAUCUUUAACAAGUUUUCAACUGAUAAACUGGUGAAACUUUUGAAUAUCCUGGAGAAGAACAUUCAGGACAGCGUCAAACUUUCCACAUUAAUAAACCAUGAUAAUGAUUCCAUGGAUGAGGAGCGUCUGUGGCGUGACCUUAUCAUGGAGCGGGUGACGAAGUCUUCUGAUGCCUGUCUGACUGCACUCAACAUCAUGACAUCUCCACACAUGCCCAAAGCUGUUUAUAUCGAGGAUGUAAUUGAGCGGGUGUUGCAGUAUACCAAGUUCCAUCUUCAAAACUCUUUGUACCCUCAGUAUGAUCCGGUCUACAGAGUGGAUCCACAUGGAGGUGGCAUGCAUACUUCAAAGUCCAAGAGAGCAAAGACUUCCACCCACAAACAGAAGGUGGUAGUCACGCUCUAUAACAAAGUGUGUGAUAUUGUCACCAACAUGUCAGAGCUCCUGGAGAUUCAGCUGCUAACCGACACCACUAUACUCCAGGUGUCCACUUUGGGUAUUACACCAUUUUUUGUGGAGAAUGUCAGCGAGUUGCAGUUAUGUGCCAUCACACUAGUGACAGCGGUGUUCUCUCGUUACGAGAAACACAGGCAGCUCAUUCUUGAAGAGAUCUUCACCUCCCUGGCAAGACUGCCUACUAGCAAACGCAGCCUCAGGAACUUUAGGCUAAACAGCAGUGAUUCGGUUGGAGAACCCUUGUAUAUUCAGAUGGUCACAGCGCUGGUUUUGCAGCUCAUCCAGUGUGUGGUACAUCUACCAUCAGAAAGAGACCUAGAGGAAGAGCACAAUAAGAAGGUGGAUAAAGAUGUCUUCAUCACAAACUCUUAUGAAACUGCCAUGAGAACAGCUCAGAACUUCCUAUCGGUGUUUCUCAAGAAGUGUGGAAGUAAGCAGGGAGAGGAGGACUACAGGCCUCUGUUUGUGAACUUUGUUCAUGAUCUGCUGUCUACAGUCAACAAGCCUGAGUGGCCUGCAGCUGAACUGCUGCUCAGUUUACUGGGCCGACUGUUGGUGCACCAGUUCAGUAACAAGCAGACAGAAAUGGCGCUCAGGGUGGCAUCGCUGGACUACCUCGGCACUGUUGCUUCUUGCCUGCGCAAAGAUGCUGUCACUAGCAAGAUGGACCAAAAGGCUAUUGACCGCAUCCUCAAAGAGACUCCAGGCAGUGAUGAAAUCCAACAACUCCAGACGGCCUUGCUAGACUACCUAGACGAGAACAUUGAGACAGAUCCAUCUUUGGUGUUUGCCAGGAAGUUUUAUGUUGCCCAGUGGUUCAGGGACACUACGAGUGAAGCAGAGAAAGCGAUGAAGUCUCAAAAUGACAACGACGAGGACUUGAAAGGUCGACAUCAUUACAAUGACGUUGACGCAACUGGGGAGAUAAUGCAGAGGGCCGAGACACGAAAGAAAUUCCUCCGCAAGGUCAUCAGGGCAACACCAUCACAUUUCAGUUCUCUGAGGUUAAACUCUGACAAAGUAGACUACGAGGACUCCUGUCUGAUUGUCAGAUAUCUGGCCUCUAUGAGGCCGUUUGCACAGAGCUUUGAUAUUUAUUUAUCACAGAUUCUGAGAGUGCUGGGUGAGAGUGCCAUUGCAGUCAGAACUAAAGCCAUGAAGUGUCUGUCUGAAGUAGUAGCUGUGGAUCCAAGUAUUCUGGCACGGUUGGAUAUGCAGCGUGGGGUUCAUUGUCGCCUCAUGGACAACUCCACCAGUGUCCGAGAGGCAGCCGUGGAGCUCCUUGGCCGGUUUGUGCUCAGUCGACCGGAGCUGAUUGAGCAGUACUAUGACAUGCUCAUUGAAAGGAUAUUGGACACAGGUAUUAGUGUAAGGAAGAGGGUCAUUAAGAUCAUGAGGGAUAUUUGCCUGGAGCAGCCCGACUUCCACAAGAUCACCGAGAUGUGUGUCAAAAUGAUCCGAAGGGUCAAUGAUGAAGAGGGGAUCAAGAAACUGGUGAAUGAGACAUUCCAGAAACUCUGGUUCACCCCGACGCCCAGUCACGACAAAGAUGCCAUGACCCGGAAGAUCCUUAACAUCACAGAUGUGGUGUUGGCAUGUAAAGAUUCAGGUUAUGACUGGUUUGAGCAGCUUCUCCAAAAUCUACUGAAGUCAGAAGAGCAAGCUUCGUACAAACCUGCCAAGAAGGCCUGUGUUCAGCUGGUGGACAAUCUGGUGGAACACAUACUGAAAUAUGAGGAGUCGCUCGCAGACUGCGAGGACAAAGGGGUCAACUCAGGUCGUCUGGUUGCAUGCAUCACUACUCUGUACCUGUUCAGCAAGAUCAGAGCACAGUUAAUGGUCAAACAUGCCAUGACUAUGCAGCCCUACUUGACCACUAAGUGCAAUACUCAGAAUGACUUCAUGGUGAUAUGUAACGUGGCAAAGAUCCUCGAGCUGGUCGUGCCUCUGAUGGAACACCCAAGUGAGACUUUCCUCACCACUAUAGAAGAAGACCUGAUGAAGCUUAUCAUCAAAUACGGCAUGACGGUUGUACAACACUGUGUGAGCUGUCUGGGUGCUGUUGUCAACAAGGUCACGCACAACUACAAGUUUGUUUGGGCUUGUUUCAACCGUUACUAUGGAGCUCUGGCCAAACUGAAGACACAGCACCAAGAAGACCCCAACAGCUCCACUCUGGCUGCCAACAAACCUACACUCCUGCGCUCACUGUUUACUGUGGGGGCUCUCUGUCGACACUUUGAUUUUGACCAAGAGGAGUUCAAGGGUGCUAACAAGAUUGUCAUCAAGGACAAAGUGUUGGAGCUUCUUUUGUACUUCACCACCCAUGAAGAUGAGGAGGUCCAGAUCAAGGCCAUCAUAGGUCUAGGUUUCCAGUUCAUCAUGCACCCAGAGCUCAUGUUUGUGCAGGAUGUGAAGGUUCUGUAUAACAGUAUCCUGUCAGAUGAAAGCAGUUUGGUUAGUCUGAAGAUCCAGGUGCUAAAAAACCUGCAGACAUACCUGCAAGAGGAGGACUCUCGGAUGCAGGAGGCUGAUCGCGAAUGGAAGAAUCAAUCUAAGCAGGAGGAUCUUAAAGAAAUGGGGGACAUCUCAUCAGGCAUGAGCAGCUCCAUAAUGCAGAUUUAUCUGAAGCAGGUGCUGGAGUCUUUCUUUCACUCACAGUCCACCGUUCGGCACUUUGCCCUGAGUGUCAUCACUCUGACUCUCAGCCAAGGCCUCAUCCAUCCAGUACAGUGUGUGCCCUACUUGAUUGCCAUGGGAACAGACCCUGAGCCAACCAUGAAGAACAAGGCUGAUCAACAGCUGGUGGAGAUUGACAAGAAAUAUAUAGGCUUCAUCCACAUGAAGGCUGUAGCUGGGUUGAAGAUGUCUUACCAGGUCCAACAGGCCAUCAAUGGAUCCAGAGGUGCAGUGGUUCGAGGUUUUCGUCAGGACGACACAGACGCUGCUCUCUGCUCUCAUCUGUACUCUAUGGUCCGUAGCAACCGACAGCAUAGACGAGCCUUCCUCAUUUCCCUGCUCAACCUGUUUGACGACAGCUCUAAAACAGAGGUCAACAUGCUGUUGUUCAUAGCAGACAACUUGGCAUGCUUCCCAUACCAGACCCAGGAGGAGCCUCUUUUCAUCAUGCACCAUGUAGAUAUCACUCUCUCUGUCUCUGGGAGUAACCUGCUCCAGUCUUUCAAGGAGUCUUUACGGAAAGAGCCUGUACAGCAGGAAAAGAAGAUGAAGGCAAAAAAGAAGAAAAAGAAGAAGAAGAAGAAGAAGAAGCAUUCUCAGAGUAGGAAAUACAGCUCUGAUGAGGAUGAGGAUGAUGAUGAUGAAGAGAGCAGCAGCUCAUCCAGCAGCAGUGAUGAGGACGAUGAGGUGGUCCACAGGCAAAAGAAAUCUCUCCUAUCGGAUUCUGACUCUGACAUGGGCGAUGAGGAUGCAGUGUUGGAGCGUCUGCCUGAAAACCCCAACCCUCUGCUGGACUUUGCCAGUGCUUCACAGGGUAUCCUGCUGCUGCUGGUGCUAAAACAACAUCUGAAGAAUCUAUACGGCUUCUCAGACAGCAAAAUCCAGAAAUAUUCGCCCACAGAGUCUGCCAAGGUAUACGACAAGGCGGUGAACAGGAAGUCUAAGGUGCACUUCAAUCCUCGUCAGACACUGGAUUACGUGAAGAGGGAUAUAGCCGAGAUGGAUCUCAGCUACGAGACCAAGAAGAAUAUUGUGAAACAGUAUUUGGAUUUCAAGGUACUGAUGGAGCACUUGGAUCGCGACGAAGAGGAUGCGGAGGGCGAAGCGAGUGCCAAUGCCAGAAACAAAGCCAUUACUUCACUGCUGAGCGGCCCACAACCCAAAAACCACAACCACAAUAAUCACACGGCUCAACCGGAAAGCGAUGAGGAGGAGAGUGAGGAUGAAGAUCCGCCUGCACGGAAACCAAAGAAAGGCGGGGAUUCCGCAGAAGAUUCGGGUCACAUGAACGAGAAAGUGAAGGCCAUGGACGUCGUCGCCAUCUGCCGUCCCAAAUACAAAGACAGACCACAGAUUGCCAGGGUCAUCCAGAGGACCAAACACGGCUACACCAUACACUGGAUGACUGGAUCUUACUCUGGGCCCUGGGUCGUGGCAAAGAAACGGGACGGUCGCAAAAAGGUGCCUUGGGUCGACACUAUCCAGGAGUCAGACAUUAUUUACAAGAAAAUAUCCUUGACGAGCGGACAAAAGCUGACGAACAAAGUGGCACAGACGUUACGGGCGCUAUACGCUGCUAAAGAGGGGACUAAGAGUUAAUCUAUUGAGAAACCCCUCAAAUCUACGCGGAUCCGGUAUGAAUACAGAGAGAAGGUGGACGUGGUGGAGGAAAAAAAGUAUUGAGAGUACUGGUCUGUUUGAACACAGGCUUGUUUAAGUUAAACACAAGAAGGAAAUGUUUGGGAAAACAUUGUGUGGGAGUUCCUUCGCUGUUGUGCAGCAGCUUCGUUGUUUGAUUUUUACUCCCACUGUAUCAUAGUUUAACUAAACACAUGUUUAUAUCUGAACAUAAUUCUGUAAAGAAAAGAAACUGAAUGUUGGAAAUUAGUGUAUUGAUGAUGUUCUUAAUAAAGUGUUUUUGGAGUUUAAACUAGCACCAGAUGGAUUUAUUCACUUGACCUGAGCUCCAACAACUUUUAACUUUUUCUUUUAUUUUUUUUUCUCUCGUUUGUUUACCCACACUGUGUAAUGGAGUAUCUUUGAUAUAAUUUAUUUAUGUUAAAAGCAGUGCAGUAUCUGUGCCUAUAUGCAGGGGAUGUUAUAUUGUUUUUAAUAUAGAUUUUGAUGUUAUAGAACACAGAGCAAGAAAAAAGUGAUCCCCCGCUCUUCUGGUGGAACAAAUACUGCAAUAAAUUUUUCUUACGUCUUUGU